CAAAAAAUCGCAUAAUCGCCCAAAAUGAUGGCAUUUGGACCUAAAAAGGACGGGAGUCCUAACGUGAAAUAUUUUGAAUCCGCGGAAACAUUGAAUUCGUUAGAAGUGGUUCGCCAGUGGUUACAAAAGAAUGCAAAUAAAUAUAUUAAGUCUGAUCCCCCAACAAACAAAAGCUUGUCUUCACUUAUUAUUCAGAUUUUGCAAUUUCAAGAGGAUUAUUUGGGUAAAAAUGUUCAGAAGACCACAAUGACUAGAAUACCAGUUAAAUAUUUCAUGGAUUUUAAGUCAGGAGGUGCUGUUUGUCAUUUAUUAGCUGCUGCCUACAAGUUUAAACAUGAACAAGGAUGGAGAAAGUUUGACUUUCAGUCAGGAAAGACUGCUAAAAAUGAUAAGUUGAUAGAAAUGUUCCAAGCAAUGGAGAAAGCUUUGAUUCAAAACAAAUUUCAUUCAUAUCCUUUAAUAUAUAUUAGAUCAGAGGUUGAUAAAAGUGUUGCAUCAAAAUUGAAAGAGAUUAUAAGAAAAAGAAGUGGCCAAGUUGUGGAAAAUGAAGAUAAUGCUACACACAUUCUCUAUCCCCACUGUGAUCCAUUAGAAGAAGAAUAUGCUAGACCUGGAAUUAGGAGGGAUAAAAUGGUAAUGAUGCAUUGGUACUACUUCCCUGAAUCUUACGAUACAUGGGUUAAUAUGGAAGGUAUCCUUGAGGGACUCCCUGCAGAUAGUCCUGCUCCUCAUACUGGUACAUGGAGGGUUUCAAGCACAUGGCUAACAGACUCAGACCAGUAUAAUGAAUGGAUGUCUGAAGAGGACUAUGAGGUAGAUGAAAAUGGAAGAAAAAAAGUACAUAAAAUGCGUCUAUCGGUUGAGGAUUUGAUGAAUCCUUCAGGAGAUGACAGAAAUAGUUACGACAAUAGCUCUGAACGUUGUUUUAGGAAAAAGCAAAAACGAAAACGUUCUCCUUCGCCACCAAUGAAAGGUAAUAAACGAAAGAGUGGCCGGAGCCCUGCAGUUGGAAAAAAGGCGCGUCCCGACGAAUUAGAGCCUGAAGAUCUGACAAAAGAAAUGGAAGACCCCCCCGCAGAACCAUCGGUAGCGGAAGUGAGUCCAUCAGCGAGCAGUCAGUCCGGUAAAAAAGAUCACGAACUUCAACCUCUUAAAGGAGGAUCGAUAACAGAUCUAGACGAAACGGAAGAUCGUGGGGAAGACUCGCAAAUGGGUAAGGCUAGUGAGGCAGGUACUAUCCAGGAUGAUGGUCAGGAAGACAAUGUUACUGAACAAACACACCACAUCAUUAUUCCUUCCUAUUCUGCUUGGUUUGAUUACAACAGCGUUCAUGAAAUCGAAAAGAGAGCUUUACCUGAGUUUUUCAAUGGCCGAAACAAGUCGAAAACGCCGGAAGUUUACUUAUCCUAUCGGAAUUUUAUGAUAGAUACCUAUCGAUUGAACCCGACUGAAUAUAUUACAAGUACAGCAUGUAGGAGAAAUCUUGCUGGAGACGUGUGUGCGAUUAUGAGAGUGCACGCGUUUCUUGAACAGUGGGGCCUCAUUAACUACCAGGUGGACACUGAUUCGCGACCGACGGCUAUGGGGCCACCAUCCACAUCUCAUUUUCACAUUUUGUCGGACACACCAUCUGGCUUACAACCCGUUAAUCCGCCAAAAACUACGCAACCUAGCGCAGCUAAGACUUUACUUGAUCUUGAGAAAACAACGCAGGAAAACAACAAAAAGCCAGAUGUGCUGCUUGAUUCGUCUAAUAAUUUUGGUCUCAAACUUGAUCAAUAUGCGAAAAAACCGGCUGUUUUACGUAACAAAACAGCCGCCUCCUUAACACGUGACUGGACUGAACAAGAGACGUUGCUCCUUCUCGAGGGCCUUGAAAUGUAUAAAGACGACUGGAACAAGGUGUGCGAGCAUGUCGGAUCGCGCACUCAAGAUGAAUGCAUCCUCCAUUUUCUCCGUUUACCAAUUGAAGACCCUUAUUUGGAAGAUCCUGAAGCCGGAGGUGUUCUUGGACCAUUGGCUUAUCAACCAAUUCCGUUUAGUAAAGCGGGAAAUCCUAUCAUGUCCACUGUUGCUUUUCUUGCAUCUAUAGUUGAUCCUAGGGUGGCAGCGGCCGCUGCGAAGGCUGCUAUGCAGGAAUUUGCAAGCAUCAAAGAUGAAGUUCCAAGCGCUCUUAUGGAUGCUCAUCUGAAAAAUGUGGAAGCAGCUGCGGCAGCAAACGGUGAAGGCAAGUUUGAUCCUAAUGCGGGAUUAGCAUUGACAGGCAUAGCAGGCACAGUGCCUGAUAAGGAAGAGGAAGAAAAGAUAAAAAAAGAAGCUCCUAUAACUCCCAGUGGUCCUGAGGUUAAGGAAGAAGAGAAAUCAAAUGAAGUUGGUUCUGGCGGGGAACAAAAUAAAAACGGUCUCGACACAAAUAACGAAAAAGUCGAAAAAGAAAUUAAAAUGGAAAUAGACGAAAACAACGAGAAAGGUGAAAAGACGGAAACAAGCGACACUAAAACAGAACGUGUAAUAAAAGACGCCGAGAUGCAAAGUGCAGCAGCAGCUGCUUUAGCCGCCGCAGCCGUUAAAGCUAAGCAUCUUGCUGCUGUGGAAGAAAGAAAAAUAAAGUCUCUGGUAGCUCUUCUGGUCGAGACGCAAAUGAAAAAACUUGAAAUCAAAUUGCGUCAUUUUGAGGAGCUUGAAACAACGAUGGAAAGAGAAAGAGAAGGUCUCGAAUAUCAGCGACAGCAGCUCAUUACUGAGCGACAACAGUUUCACCUUGAACAAUUAAAAGCAGCGGAAUUUAGAGCACGGCAACAAGCUCAUCAACGUCUCCAGGCAGAACAGGGCCAAUGGCAACAGCAAAAUAGCGCUAAUUCGCAUGGUCCUCCACCUACGGAGACAGGUCCAAGUACCACACCGACACCACCAUCGCCGCAAGCAUCCGCUGUGUCGUCACCUGCGCCUCCCCAUCACCACAUUUAAGUGGUCUUUCCUCCUAAUUGAAAUAAACUCAAGUAUGUUUUAUUAUCAAGUUUAGUGAAUAAUCCGUGGUCUUUUGAAGUUCUUUUUAUUCCUUUAUUAAAUAAUAUGUAGACAUCGCGUGACUGUACUGUAUAGUUGUUUUGUAUUAGGCGAAAGUACAAAGAUUUUUUUUACGAAAUGAAGAACUUCGGACUGCGCUUGUACUACAUUUCAGGAUGCUUUUUUUAUAUUAUAUGGAUAACAGUUG